AUGAACAAUUAUCCGAACGGAUUGAUGUCCUUUUGGACGAGAGAGGAGUGGGCACAGCUGAAGAAUAGAAGAACUGAUCAUUAUGCGAAGCUUAGAAAUAAUAUGGAAGGGCUUGAGGAUCAACGGAGGCCAGUCCCGAUGGUUAGAUGUAGAACUGCCCCAAAUAUGCUCAGAUGUAAAACUGAGUAUACUGAGUCUUUCAAGCGCCCGGCAACACGCGCUUCAGCAAACUCAGCUGCUCAAGUGCGCGCACGUGCUGGCUUCAAAUACUGGUACGACGAGCCGUUAGGAAUCGGGCCGUAA